UAAUGUAGCUUUACAACUCUAACCACUUCUGUUAUUCUUGUAAGCCUGUUUCCUGUCCUUCCGCUGAAAGCUGUUUAAAAUAAACAUUUGGAUCCUUGCAAUGCACACUGCCCAGAUACAGGUAUGAAGAGAGAAGUGUUGUGCACAAAGAACACAGACAGUGUGUGUAAACCCUGUGGACUGAACCAGUACACUGCCUUCUGGAACAUGCUGAAGAAAUGCAUGUCCUGUCAAGCCCCCUGCAAAGAAGACCAGGACAUGGUUCAGGACUGCACUUCAUCCACCAAGAGAAUCUGCCAAUGCAAACAGGGCCUGCACUGCAUCGAUUCUGCAAAGGAUACAUGUAACCAGUGCCGGAAAAACACCGAAUGCAAGGAGGGUCAGGGUGUCGUUAAACAAGGAACGAAAGAUACGGAUGUAAAAUGUGCACCAUGUCCUCCUGGAACGUUCUCCAAUAAGGUCUCUUCCACAGAGCCCUGCCAACCACACAUUGACUGUACAACACUGAGGAGAAAGAUUUCACAAAAUGGGACCAGCACCAGGGAUGCAGUUUGCAGCGAUGAAUUACUACCCCUGCCCCCUGCAUUGAGAGGGACGCCUUCAGCACUUCAACCUAGCUCUCUUGAUCCGACACAACAGCUCAUGCAUCUGACUGAAGUGGAACCAGUAAGUAUCACCAGUUGGACACCAGUUAGCAUGACACCCAACAGGAAACCACCCACUGAAGAGCUCCUACCUGGCCAAUGGGUAGUGGUGAUCUGUGUUUCUUCUAUCGUUAUGAUCUUUGUCAUAAUAGUGAUGCUGGUCUGUGUCCUUCGCAGAAGAACAGGUACUGUGAGAUUGGAUUCCAGCUGCUAACUCACUCCCGCAUUUCUGCAAACUCAGUCCCAAAUAUUUCUUAGUCUGUAAACAAACUAACCAAAGCCCUUGAUUAAAUUAGUGCCUGUUACUCCCACUGUUUGCCCUAAGUCGGUGUUUAUGGCCAACUCCACUGGUCAUUUGAAACACUGCAAGUACAAAAUUUUGUUUUCAUUUCAUUGGAGGCAUUCAGAGAAGGCUAGCUAGAUAGAAAGUAAGAACUGCUG